CUGGAGACAUGUUCUAAGAGCAGCAGCAGACCUGCACUGUGGCCACCAUGAAAGGGUUAGGUGCCAAUCGCAGCCGUCACCUGUCGGACUCCUGUGAGCCAUCGGGGGGCCCCCAGAAGCCCCUGUACCCCUUGACCUCUGACCCCCAUGGUCCCUUCCUCCUGAGCCCCACCAUGAACCACUACGGCACCUUGGACCACCACCAACUCCACCACUACCAGGCCUCCAACCCCCAACCCCUGCCUCCGGAGUGCCUACUGCCCCUGAACCAGAUGUCCAACAGCAGCACUUUCCCCCGACUCCAUGUCACCUCCCAACCGGAACAGUCCGACUACUCCCAGGGCUGCAUGGUCACUGCCGGGGGCGGAGGUAGGCCUGGUGGCAGCCGGGUGGGCACCCUGUCCACCUCCAUGUCAAUGGGCAUGGGCCUGGGUCUCAGCGGGGCUCCCAUGAUCACAAGUGGAUCAGCUACCAUCUCUUCUGCGGCAGCGGCCAAGAUGAACCGGCUGCCAUCUAACCUACUAGACCAGCUGGAGAAGCACCUGCCCCUGCAGAGGGAUGGCUUCAGUACCCUCCAGUUCCACCGGGGCAGGGUGGCCAAGCAGCGCAGCGAGAGUCCCGGACGGAUCCGCCACAUCAUGCACUCUGUUCAGAAGCUAUUCAACAAGUCCCAGUCGCUGGAGGGCUCGGUGGUCAAGGGCAACAUGAACAACACUACAGGGGGAGGUGAGGAGGGGACCAGGCAGACCUGCAGGAGUAAGAGUAAAGACAGUGCUAAGACUGAGAUGCUGAAGCAGCGACCUAGCAGGCAAAAUGCACUGGGGCUUUGGAGCUCAGACGAUGCCCUGGAUAGUGACACAACCACCAAAGUUGGCACUAUCGCCGUGGGCUACCGUAACCCACUUAGCAUGAUGACGCUGGGCAGGGCGGUGUCUGACAGCCAGGCUCCUCCCAGGCACCUCCCACAUGGCUACAACACCAUCUCUGCCCACACACUCAAGGCCUCCAAGAGCAGCAGCGACCUCAAGUACCUGGCCUGCCCGCAAGCAAUGACAGGGACUAGGGGAGAGGAGCUGGUGGGAGGAGGAGGCAGGGAGAGCACCCUGGUGAAGCGAGGCUCCUGGUCCACACUGACCCUCAGCCAGGCCAGGCAGGUGCUCCAGAAGGGUUCAGCCACUGUCAACAGGACGCUGCUCAAAUCCAAGUCGUGUCACCAGGACCUGACCUGUCAGUACCUCCAGGUAGGAGGCCCAGUUCCACUGGGGGACUGGAGUGCUACGCUGGGGGGCCGGGGCCGACCCAGGGGCCUUGAGAUCCCCUGCCGAAGGAUGCGUAGCGGCAGCUACGUCAAGGCCAUGGGGGACGUGGACCAGGACAGCGAGGACUCAGAGGGAAGUCCUAAACCCUCGCCCAAAACAGCCGCCCGCCGCCAGAGCUACCUGAAGGCCACCCAUCAGUCCCUGAGCGAGCAUCAGCCUCCACCACCACACAAGCCUCGCGGCUAUGCACCCAUGCUGGAGGAUAAUGGGAUAUUAUGGUCUCCACUACAGAGUGCAUGCUCAAUGCAGCAUUUGGCCAGUUGUCUCCCCUCCCUGAGAGAACUCUCCACCAAUCGGAGCCUGGACAACCUGGACUGCCUGGUGAGCCCGUGUGAGCCCCCGAUGGCCAUGCGGCACUGGGACGAUCGCAGAGACUACCACCAAGGUUAUGCUACCCUGGGCAGGGCCAUGAUGAGCAGUGGUCAGGUGUGUGGGCAGGGCUGUGGGCGCUCGCUGUACUGCGAGGCGGAGUCCCAGGCGGUGGAGGCUCUGGACCUGCCCACACCGACGUACUUCCGCUCCCGCAGCCACAGCUACCUGCGGGCCAUCCAGGCUGGCUGCUCCCAGGAUGAGGACACCGCCUCAGUGGACUCCGAUUCACCUCCACCCACCACCGGCUGCACCCAUAUCUCCAGCACCACACUCCCUAGGUGUGUAAGCAGCUCCUGUAAGAAGGGCCCACCACCGGUCCCACCGCGCACCACCUCCAAGCCCCACAUCUCUGUGACGGUGCAGAGCAGCACAGAGUCAGCCCAGGACACAUACCUGGACCAACAGGACCACCGCAGUGAGGCCAACAGCCAAUCAGGACGCAGCAACUCCUCUGAUAGCCUCUGCAGCCUGCGUACAGGCAGCCUGGCCAAGGGCUCUCAACCCCGGGCCCCAGCCCCCAUCCCUGCCCCAAGAGACUCCUUCCCACUUCCCUUCUUCAGCACCACCACAAGUACCGGCACCCAGGUUGAGCCCCAGAAUGACACUCUAAACCCAGGCCCCAGCCUCACUCCAGAUCAGUCCCUAACCCUUCCAGAGCCUGUUCCCACAAAGAGGAAGCUCUCGUCUAUCGGCAUCCAGGUGGACUGCGUUCAGCCAAUCCAGAGAGAGGUUCAACCGCCCCCCUCGACCAAGUUCCAGUCUAUUGGAGUGCAGGUGGAGAACGGCAGGCCACUCAGCCGGGCCAGCAGCAUGGCCUCCAGACAGAACACAGAGACCGAGCCUCAGGACUCUCAACAAGACACCCAUCCCUCAGAAAACAACAGUAGAGCCAACUGCAACAGCCAGCCGGUAGAUCCCGCCCUCACUGCCUCCAACGGUGAGGACAGCGCGAUGGCAUGGCAUCCUCCCAAACAUGCCCCAGUCCCGGCGAGAGUGUCUGCCUCCCUCCCAGAGAGAAUGGACCCGGCCCUGGACCCCUCCUCCCUGCCCCCUCCAGACCCCAGCUUGGAGAGUGGCAAUGGCAGUGUCCAGGGAGAUGCAGCCCAGCCCGGCACGCCCACUUGCCUCCGGGAUGGCAACUGGUUCCUCAAACUACUACAGGCUGAGACUGCACGUAUGGAGGGCUGGUGUCAACAGAUGGAGCAGGAGACUAAAGACAAGGACAUCUCAGAGGAGGUGAUGGGAACGAUCCGCAGUGCAGUGGGCAGUGCCCAGCUCCUCAUAGCCCAGAAGUUCCAGCAGUUCAGAGGACUCUGUGAUGAGAACCUGAAUGUGAAUGCCAACCCUCGGCCCUCAGCCCAGGAUCUGGCGGGGUUCUGGGACCUCCUGCAGCUCUCUGUAGAGGACAUCAGUGUCAAGUUUGACGAGCUCUGGCAACUCAAGGCCAACAACUGGCAGCUGCCAGAGAAGAAGGUGGAGAGGAAGGUUGUUCCCCCCUCUGUGCCAAAGAAGACGUCCAAGCUGACCUCUGGGAAGGACCGGAGCGUGGACUCUGUGGUGGACAAGCAGCGGCAGGAGGCCAGAAAACGCCUGAUGGCGGCCAAACGCGCGGCGUCGGUACGACAGAACUCUGCCACGGAAAGCUCAGACAGCAUUGAGAUUUACGUCCCCGAGGCCCAGACACGCCUCUGAGAACAGACCGCCACCGGCACUCUGCUCCCCCAUGAAGGAACAGCCUCUCUCACCCACAUAUACACACACAUACACAUACACACUGCUCCCCAUGAAGGAACAGCCUCACACAUGCACUAGACACACCUGGGGUACAGAGCCUGGUCCCCUAAUGGCAGCACAGCAUACAAUCAGAGUAGAACCCAGGAGAGCACAGGCAUGCUAAAAAAUACAGAACAAUGCAAAACCACUUCCUUCCUGGCUGCCAUGGAGAUGGAAACCUCAACAGACAUUUAAUACUAUUGUUAUUACUAUUAAUAUUAUUAUUAUUAUUAUCUCCUCCUGAAAUGCAUCAAGACUGUCUUAAAUGUGCAUCUUGGAUAAAAGGACAUCCUUAUUCCUUGUCAGCUGAAGAAUCUUGGUAUCCCAGAAGUUUACUCUCUUCCCAUCCCCUCACUUCUUCUGAGUCUGCGAGCUGGGCUGGGCUAGUCCAGGCAGCCUCUAUCGUUUACCACACACACUCAGGAUACACACAGGUGUACUCAUUCACUGUCCACACAGUCUUCCUAUUUUCUCUUUGUAUUAGGCUGCCACUCCAUUGGUUGUGGACGAUAAGCUUUACUCUGUAUGGAAUCUAUAGGAGAUGGUGUUAUCGUGUACUAAGGAAGACCGUAGCAUUCUAUCUAUCUAUCUAUCUCAAACUGGUUACCAUAAUAGUUUUGUAAAUGUUCUUUACCAGAUUGUUUGUUAGACAAGGUCCAGUGUUCAGUACUAAGGUAGUUUUUCUAUAGACCAAGUACAUGUACUGUCGUGAUGAUGUUCGCACAUGAUGCAAUCAUUCUCUCUCUCAUAAACACGCAAUAUGCUGUCUGUCGGUGUCUGUGCAGACUGUUUUACAUCUUCUAUGCCCUGUUGAGGGAAGAAGAGGGAUUACCAGGCCCAGUUGAUGUGCGCUAAGGUAGGAAUGUAACAUGCAUUGAAAAAUAACUUGAUAACUGCACCUGUUAUGCCACUUGUUUACCUGGUUACUUUACCCAUAUUUGUUGCAGGGGACCAUGAGGUAUUGUGCACCACUUAAUUACAACAUUCCCUGUUUCCUACUCAACCUCCAGUACAUUUGAAUCAUAAAGUGGAAUCAACUAUAAGCUCUCCUUUUUUCCUGAUUACCAAGACUGGUUUAUUUUCAGCGGCAUAUGCCAGAGCUCUGACAGUGGUGUUGGGAGAACUCGUAUAAGCAAUAAGUAAAAUGGCAAGUUUGAACUAGCAAUGUAAAAAUGAUUCCGAUGCCCAGGCAAAAAGCAACAACCCCUAGCCCCUAAACUUUCAGUGUUCUCAGAUCUGAAGUGAUAGGUGAAAGUCAAACAAUAUGUGAUGAGUCUACCUUGUCUUACAAUGUCCCAUGAGGAGCUUCAACUAUUCUUCUUCCUCCUGUCUAAUGCUUAGGCUAUGAGCUGUUUUCUCCAGGUGAGCCCUCAGUCACUUAACAAGCCAACAGACGAACGAACCAAGCAGCGCUUUGGUCGUCAUACACCAUUAAUAACCACUACUUCAUUGGUCAAAGCCUUAAUACCAACUGUCAAAUUAAUAAUGAUCCAAAAGAAUGACAACAUAGCAUACAUUAUAAACUAAGAAAUGCAUUUGCUAUGUAUCACUUAUCUGUGCAUUGAAAAGGUCUAAGAACCUAAAUAUUUCAGACUAUGCUCAAGCUGAAUUAAUGUACUCUUAUUAUGGUGUCUGGCUGGCAGUUUGACCUCUUAUUCCUGUGUACAGAUAGAGGCACAUUGUGGAGAUCAUUUUUAAAAACAUUUUGUAUGAGACAUUUUCUGUGACUGGUUUGAAUUGACCAUGCAGUCAGCCAAAACACACUAGACUGUUUUGACCUGUGCCACAGGUUAUAUUGGUAUUUUUCUGGAUUUGGAAAGAAUUGAUGGUGCUGUAUAGGAUUGUACUGAGAUGGUGUGGAGUUUGAAUGCCUUCCUAGAGAAACAUGUCAGCAUCACUGAAAAAGAGGUGUAUUCACACUAUCACGCUACAGCAUACAUGUGUAUAUGAGCUUUCAGCUUUUACAUUUCUUUUUCUCAUGAUUCGCCAUGUUCCACUCAUUCGCUGAAUUCCAAAUCAACCCUCUAGCCUAGGCACUCCUGUUAGAUCUGAAAUGAUUGGAUAAGUAUGGAGAAAAUCCACCCACUCUGUCAGAAGCAAAGAACCUGAUCAGAAGGCAAAGUGCUGCGAUUACGUUUUUGCGCAAAGCUAUGUGAGGGAUUGAUUUGGAAUUUUGAUAAAGAUCUGCAAUUUCAGGAUCUCAAUGCAACUUGUCCCCUUGAAGAGCUGGCUCUCCUCCUAAAUGGCUAACACCUGUGCCACAACAAGGCUGCCCUCAAAGUGCUUGUGUGAUCCACAGUCAGUUUUGUAUUUUUAUCUCAUAAUGUAAAAUAUGGCAAUUAGUAGAACUGGGAAAGCAGCUGAUGCAGGGGCACCAGUAUGUUAAUUAUUGUUUAUUUGUAAUACAUCAUACGGACGUGUACAUUUCAUUGUCCAAAGAAAUCAUUAAACAUCCCUUUGUUACA